CAGAGCACGGAUGUGUGCAUCCUUGGCCGUGACAAAGUUUACGAUGUACAGAAUAACUUCGUUAUUAAUAAAUUAAUUUUAAUAAGGUUACUGUAGUAGUGAUCGUUUUGUGAUGUGAUACGAGUAACUGGAUGAAGGUUUCAAUGCCCGUGAUCAACACCAAGGCGAUGUGGUCCCGCAAGCAGUCGGUGUGCAGCGCAGUCAGCGGCGCGUCGAAGGGCGACGAGCAAGACGCGCAGCUGCCUUUGGGACUGCGCGUCUAUCCGUUUGCUACAGCGCUGAGAGUUAGAGUCCUGCAGAUAGUUUGCGGUAUUGGAGGAUUGGUUGUCGGCGCUGUCGGAUGGUUGGAGGAGAGACAGAAGCUAGAGCUGGGACUCGGUGUUCCAGCUGGUGCAGUCACCGUUCUUGCAGCGGCUACUUCAGUGUACUACAGUCGCGGCUUCGGAGGCUGGGUUUCAGCUCGUUCAAGAACCAUCAGAAACUGGGGAGCGCCGUGGAGGGUCCUUGGCCCUUCGCCCUGCGCUGCGGUUCCAUUGACACUGCUAUGGACAGUAGCUAUAGCAGCACACAUUGCUAUGCUUGCGUUCUGCAUCAGAUCGUUAUUGAAUCUUGGUUGCAGCAGUAAAACCUGUGUAGGAGUGGCGGCGGCUCAACUGUCUGUAUCUAUAACAACGUUGGCUGCGGCAUUCUUUAUGGUACAACUGGAUCUGCGGUACGAUGCCGCCUUGUCACCUCCGCGGCCUUCCGAUGCGAAUAUUUGUACUGCAGUUUCCAUGGUACCUCUCACAUCAGUGGCAAUGAACAGUGGCAACAGCGGAGACGGUGGCCCUGAAGAGAGUCCACUCAGCAAGGAGAAGAACCCACCGCCCGACCCCCCCACUUGAUGUGACACUUCCACAUACGGGCUGUAAAUAUUCAAUAUUUUAUAGGAAACGUAAAACGAUGAUCUUUCGUCAAGAAAGCAUUUUUUUUAUAACCACAUAAACUCUACUCGGGUGUUAUAUCCUGAAAAUUUCAGCCUUAAUACAUUAUUCAAGUGUUUUGUUGGAGAAAAUAUCGAAAAGAAACUUGCAAAAGCGAAUUUCUUAUACAGGAAAGCCCAAAGGAACAGUGAAUUAUAACUAACCCAAUUAACUAUGAUAGAAUUAUUUUUCUUUUACAACGAAAACUUUUCACUUGCCUGCGAUCUCACAUUAUGUAAAACAUACACAAGCUUUGUAACAUCGAUGCAUGAUCGGUCUAUCUCUUUUGCGGAGAUAAUAUCCUGGCUACUGUAAGCAUGUGGCACGUCGAUUCUCUUUCUACAAUCGCUAACGCUUCGAAAAUUUAAAAAUGUAUGGUAACAACAUUCACUAUCGACAGGUCACGAGAUCAAUUUGUCGAUCGGAUCUGUCAUUUCUAUACAUCUUGUUAGUUACUACAUAACAAGGAAAAAUCUAUCAUUUUCUACAUUAUUAUUGUUCUAUAUUGUAGAACUUCUAUCUUAUUAAAUAAAUUUUCGAACAAACUGUGUGCUAUAGCUUGGCAACCGCCUCACAGUUUCACCCGCGUGGUUCCCGGUCCCGUAGGAAUACGGGGAUAAUACAUAGCCUAUCCUCGAUAAUUGAGCACUUAAAGAAUUUUUCAAAUCGAACCAAUAGUUCCUGAGAUUAGCGCGUUCAAACAAACAAACUCUUCAGCUCUGUAAUAUUAUUCGUAGGACUUAUAGAUUUAUAAAAAAAAUACAAUUAUUUUUUAAUACUUGAAAAUAAAUUAAUACUUAUAAUGCUUACUGUGUUUAUAUGUGAUAUCUUGGUUUCCAAACUGAUGGAAGUGAUUUUUUUCGAUGAAGGACAUUUUAAGAAGUAGGUAAACCAAACUAAACGAAAGGGUGUAUUUUCAUAAAAUUCCUGUGAAUUUUUUUGCCUCUCCUGUCUUGUAUUUUUUCAUUUAACUCAAAAAGUAAUUAACAUUUAAAUUCGUUGGCAAAUGUUUCGCAGCAAAAAUUAAUUAACGUUGAUUAAAAUUCAGGACUUGUAACUAUGAAAUCUUUAGAAUAUUUACACAACGUCAUUUAGGUAUUUAAGAGGUUUACAAAAAGGCUUUUCCGCUGCUUAAACUAAUAGUACCAAGAAAUUGUACUCUAAUACCAGUGGCAUAACUGUUCCGAACGUGAAAAGUAGAGUGUUUGUCAAAGGAUCUUUUAACCCUACACACAACGUUCACAAGUGCGUGACUCCACUCAAGGUUCUUUAUUUGCCAUUCUAGGCUCUUAUUUUGUUUACAGUAUGAUUUGUUAAUUAAGUUGUCCUGACAAAUGUUGUGAAUCAUAACCUUUGUUCGACAUUAGUUAGUUUUCUUAUUAUUUGUAAACCACUUCUGAGUCUGCUAAAAAUAUAUGCUUUAUGCACACCACAAUGACAAAAACAAGAGAAAUAAAAACAGCAUACAAAAAGCGGCCUUAUCGCUAAGUAGCGAUUUCUUCCAGGCAGCCUUCGGUUUUGGAAAACAUAAGGACAUCAGCAGGCAUCAUAAAGUAACAUGGGCUAUAAUUUCUUGUCGUAUUCCCACGGUAACAAAAACUCAGCGAGUGAAACUGUGGGGUAUGGCCAAUAUUGACGAUUUUUAACCGACCGACGAACGUAUUCCUUUACCGACUUCAAAAAAGGUUCAUUUUAGGUUACGUUUAUUUUUAAUGUUUUUUACCUCAUAACUUCCUCAAUUACUAACCAAUUUUUAAAUAAUCUUUUUUUUUGAAAGAGUGUACUUCCAGAUUGGUCCCAUUUCAUUUUCAUGAAAAUCGGGUUAGUAAUUUUGUUCUAAAAUCAAAAAAAAAAUUUAAAUGUGUUAAAAAGAUUAUAUUGAUUGACAUCCCCGAUUAAUUCGACCCAGAGCAAGCCAGGGUCUUCACCUAGUGUUAGACAAAUAAAAAUUCCGCCGACAAAGCGGCGAGCUGACGAAAACGUAAUUCUAAAGAAAUAUAACCGACCGCCCACUUUUUAUUAAAUUCGUAACGAACGUCUGAAAGUCGGGGACAAAUUGUUAAAAUGAAAAAAAGUUUUUAUUACGGAGUAGCGAGUCUUAAGGCGUCCAUUGUACGAGAAAAUUCAUCUUUCUUUAACCCUAUAUCACCUAUAUAAGGUUCUAUAGGGUCAUUUGGACGAUCUUUUUUUAUUCUUUACAAUAUAGCCCUUGACUAUAAUCUCACCUGAUGGUAUGUGAUGAUAAUCGAAGAUAUAAGCGGACUAACUUGUUAGGAGGAGGAUGAAAAUCCACACCGCUUUCGGUUUCUACACGACAUCCUACCGGAACGCUAAUCGCUUGGUUGUAUGUCUUUAUCGGUAGGGUGGUAACUAGCCACUACUAGAUCUCUCUGUAUUAUACCUACAUAGCUAAGUUUAAUGUAAGUAUUAUAAAUCGAUAUUUAAGAAGUCUUAUAAAAUAAAAUAAAUAUUUUGGAUUUCAU